AUGAUUGCACAGCUGUAUGCGCUCGCCCCUCAGGCAGACUCAGCGGUAUGGGCGCUUGUUAUUGCAGUGCUGGCCUGGGUGCUGGUGCGAUGGCUUCUCUCUAAGCUGUCCCAGAAGUUGCCGCCUCCCCCAUAUAUCCGAGGAUGGAUACCUUGGUUUGGGGCUGCUUUUGAAAUGGGCAAGGGGCCCCUGGAGUUCAUCGAGAAAUCCAGAGAGAAGUACGGACCAGUGUUCACAGUCUUAGCAGCCGGCAAUAGACUAACUUUUGUUUAUGGGGAAGAAGGGAUAUCUACCUUCUUCACAUCCAAGCACGUGGACUUCCAACAAGCUGUGCAAAAACCUGUACAAUACACGGCUUCAAUUGAAAAGAAAAAUUUCUACAAGAACCACAAUGCUAUCCACGAUGUGAUUAAGCUCCGACUGUCACAGAACAAGUUGCAUCUGCACAUGCCAUGCCUGCAGGGCGAGUUCUGUGCCCACCUAGAUCAGUUUGGUUCAGAGGGCACUGGGGAGCUGUAUGAUCUGGUAAGACGCGUUAUGUACCCUGCUGUGGUUGACACUCUCUUUGGAAAAGGUGUGUGUCCAACAGGCAAGGAUACUCUGAAAGAGUUUGAAGAACAUUUCCGAAAGUUUGACGAAGGCUUUGAGUACGGCUCACAGCUACCAGACUGCUUUUUAAGAGAAUGGUCUCAGUCCAAACAUUGGCUUUUGAAUUUAUUUAAAAAUAUUGUGGUUGAAGCUGAGCAGAAACAACCUUUAGAAGAAAAUGCAAAGACCAUAUUUCAACAUCUACUGGAUACAUUAAAUGGAAAUUCUACGUACAACAACAGCUUGUUACUUCUUUGGGCAUCACAAGCCAAUGCUAAUCCAAUAACCUUUUGGACACUUGCCUUUAUCAUUUCUGACCCUGUAGUCUACAGGAAUGUGGUGGAUGAAAUCACUUCUGUUUUUGGUAAACCAGGUCAAUGCAAAAUAAAUAUAACUGAAAGUGAACUGAGAAAACUUCCUUUCAUUAAAAGUUGUAUACUAGAGGCAAUAAGAUUGCGAUCUCCUGGUGCCAUUACUAGGAAAGUGGUUCAACCACUAAAAGUUUAUAAUUACCAGAUUCCUCCUGGAGAUAUGCUGAUGCUGUCACCUUAUUGGCUUCACAGAGAUCCAAAAAUGUUUCCUGAACCAGAAAUGUUUAAGCCUGAACGCUGGAAGAAGGCAAAUUUAGAGAAGAAUGUUUUCUUGCAAGGUUUUGUAGCCUUUGGCGGAGGAAAAUACCAGUGUCCAGGAAGGUGGUUUGCAUUAAUGGAAAUGCAGAUGAUGGUUGCAUUUAUGCUUUACAAAUAUGAAUUUACUCUUCUGGAUCCAGUUCCAAAACAGAGUAAUCUUCAUUUAGUUGGAACCCAGCAGCCUGAUGGACCCUUUCGCGUUCGUUAUAAACAGAAAAAGGGAAAAUAAUUAUAGAAACGAUGGCUGAUGAUUGCAGGGGAAGAGGCAUUUUUGCACUUUGUUUUAUGUCACCUGCACUGACAGCUCCAUAUUAUUUUAGCCUCAGCAGAAAAUGAGGGUGAUUGAUUAGUCUUGUGUUGUGUACAGCUCAGGACAUAUGAAUUUACUAGAUCUGCACUGUCCCAAUGACAUUAAUAUUACAGUAAUUUGUGUCCUCAUUUGUUUUUGUCUAGCUUGCAUCUACUUUCUAUACAUAAAUAGAUAGCCAGAGAUAGAGGGCUGGUCUUUAAAAAUAAUUGGGCAAAAAAAAUAUUUAAAAAUAAUGUUCAACUCAAAAUCUUGAAUGUAUAUGCUUAUACUCUUAAUUCGAUACAUAAAAGCUAAUUAGUAUAAAACUAUGGUACCCCCAUUUAAAUCCACUAGAGUUGGCACCUAAAAUUCUAGUUGGGUGGUUUAUAACUUCCUUUACUGUAGUAAUUUAAAUCAAUUUGAAACAUGGUCAUUCAAAGGAACAUUACAAACAGCAGAGUUGCUUAACAAAUUAUGCAGUGCAUUAGCAGUCUUAAUUUCAAAUGGGUAGUAUUUAGUAGUAUGUAUGUAUCAACAGCUUAUCACAAAAUACAUAUAUACUGUGAUCUCUUGCACAUGCUUAGUAGUAGCUGGGGCCUCAGAAAGUGUGCAUAUGUAACGACUGUGCUCAGUUUGAUAAUGGAAGAUAAAUAAGGAUUUUUUUAUUACAUGCUAUAAGUCAUUAAAGUUUCAUUUUCCUUAGUGUCCUUUCAAAUUAGUUAAGCCUCUUGAAAUACAUUGGCAAUAGCAAUCUUUACUUAAUUCAAGAAACCGUUGUUAAAUAUGCACAAAACUAAUAAAAAGGCUUUUCUCAUGCUUUUUGUGUGAGUUUCCAUAAACUUAUAGUAUAUGCAACAAUAUAACUAGGAUAUUGGGUUUAUAAACUAGUAUAAUACAAUACUGCACAAAAAUCUGUUUUACUUUCCUAUGCAGAUUAUAAUUAUAGGCAUUACACAGAGCAUGCAUAAAUAGGGGAAGUUUUCUUUUAGUUUUUUAGAGAGUUUCAGUACUUUUAUUUGAAAGCAAAAAUCUAUAUGGCCUAAUGUUUUGAUUAACAAUUUUAAAAUGUUGAAACCUGUAAUUGCAUGAAAUUAUUGUGUUAAUCCCUCUAUAAGUCAAAAUGUUAACACAAGAUUAUGUACAAGUAAUAUUACAUUACGCAAAUGAUAAUUUUAGCUAGUUGUGAUGUCACAAGCCGUGUUCAUGGCACUAUUCUAUCAGUGAACCAUUAAGCACAACCCUACCUUUACUACCCAUCCUUAUCUGUCAGUGAACCAUUAAGUACAACCCUGCCUUUACUACCCAUCCUUAUCUAUCAAUGAACCCUACCUCUACUACCCAUCCUUAUCUAUCAGUGAACCCUACCUUUACUACCCAUCCUUAUCUAUCAGUGAACCAUUAAGUACAACCCUACCUCUACUACCCAUCCUUAUCUAUCAGUGAACCAUUAAGUACAACCCUACCUCUACUACCCAUCCUUAUCUAUCAGUGAACCCUACCUUUACUACCCAUCCUUAUCUAUCAGUGAACCAUUAAGUACAACCCUACCUCUACUACCCAUCCUUAUCUAUCAGUGAACCAUUAAGCACAACCCUACCUUUACUACUCAUCCUUAUCUAUCAGUGAACCAUUAUGCACAACCCCACCUUUACUACCCAUCCUUAUCUAUCAGUGAACCCCACCUUUACUACCCAUCCUUAUCUAUCAGUGAACCAUUAAGCACAACCCCGCCUUUACUACCAAUCCUUAUCUAUCAGUAAACCAUUAAGCACAACCCUACCUUCACUACCCAUCCUUAUAUAUCAGUGAACCAUUAAGUACAACCCUGCCUUUACUACCCAUCCUUAUCUAUCAGCGAACCAUUAAACACAACCCUGCCUUUACUACCCAUCCUUAUCUAUCAGUGAACCAUUAAGCACAACCCUGCCUUUACUACCCAUCCUUAUCUUACAAUGAACCAUUAAGUACAACCCUGCCUUUACUACCCAUCCUUAUCUAUCAGUGAACCAUUAAGCACAACCCUACCUUUACUACCCAUCCUUAUAUAUCAGUGAACCAUUAAGCACAACCCCGCCUUUACUACCAAUCCUUAUCUAUCAGUAAACCAUUAAGUACAACCCUACCUUUACUACCCAUCCUUAUCUAUCAGUGAACCAUUAACUACAACCCUGCCUUUACUACGCAUCCUUAUCUAUCAGCAAACCAUUAAGCACAACCCUGCCUUUACUACCCAUCCUUAUCUAUCAGCGAACCAUUAAGCACAACCCUACCUUUACUACCCAUCCUUAUCUAUCAGUAAACCAAUAAGCACAACCCUACCUUCACUACCCAUCCUUAUAUAUCAGUGAACCAUUAAGCACAACCCUACCUUUACUACCCAUUCUUAUGUAUCAGCAAACCAUUAAGUACAUCCCUACCUUUACUACCCAUCCUUAUCUAUCAGUAAACCAUUAAGCACAACCCUACCUUUACUACCCAUUCUUAUGUAUCAGCAAACCAUUAAGUACAUCCCUACCUUUACUACCCAUCCUUAUCUAUCAGUGAACCAUUAAGCACAACCCCACCUUUUACUACCCAUCCUUAUAUAUCAGCGACCCAUUAAGCACACCCCUACCUUUACUACCCAUCCUUAUGUAUCAGCAAACCAUUACGUACAUCCCUACCUUUACUACCCAUCCUUAUGUAUCAGCAAACCAUUACGUACAUCCCUACCUUUACUACCCAUCCUUAUCUAUCAGUAAACCAUUAAGCACAACCCCGCCUUUACUACCAAUCCUUAUCUAUCAGUAAACCAUUAAGUACAACCCUACCUUUACUACCCAUCCUUAUCUAUCAGUGAACCAUUAACUACAACCCUGCCUUUACUACGCAUCCUUAUCUAUCAGCGAACCAUUAAGCACAACCCUGCCUUUACUACCCAUCCUUAUCUAUCAGCGAACCAUUAAGCACAACCCUACCUUUACUACCCAUCCUUAUCUAUCAGUAAACCAAUAAGCACAACCCUACCUUCACUACCCAUCCUUAUAUAUCAGUGAACCAUUAAGCACAACCCUACCUUUACUACCCAUUCUUAUGUAUCAGCAAACCAUUAAGUACAUCCCUACCUUUACUACCCAUCCUUAUCUAUCAGUAAACCAUUAAGCACAACCCUACCUUUACUACCCAUUCUUAUGUAUAAGCAAACCAUUAAGUACAUCCCUACCUUUACUACCCAUCCUUAUCUAUCAGUGAACCAUUAAGCACAACCCCACCUUUUACUACCCAUCCUUAUAUAUCAGCGAACCAUUAAGCACACCCCUACCUUUGCUACCCAUCCUUAUGUAUCAGCAAACCAUUACGUACAUCCCUACCUUUACUACCCAUCCUUAUGUAUCAGCAAACCAUUACGUACAUCCCUACCUUUACUACCCAUCCUUAUGUAUCAGCAUACCAUUACGUACAUCCCUACCUUUACUACCCAUCCUUAUCUAUCAGUGAACCAUUAAGUACAACCCUACCUCUACUACCCAUUCUUAUCUAUCAGUGAACCAUUAAGCACAACCCUACCUUUACUACUCAUCCUUAUCUAUCAGUGAACCAUUAUGCACAACCCCACCUUUACUACCCAUCCUUAUCUAUCAGUGAACCCCACCUUUACUACCCAUCCUUAUCUAUCAGUGAACCAUUAAGCACAACCCCGCCUUUACUACCAAUCCUUAUCUAUCAGUAAACCAUUAAGCACAACCCUACCUUCACUACCCAUCCUUAUAUAUCAGUGAACCAUUAAGUACAACCCUGCCUUUACUACCCAUCAUUAUCUAUCAGCGAACCAUUAAACACAACCCUGCCUUUACUACCCAUCCUUAUCUAUCAGUGAACCAUUAAGCACAACCCUGCCUUUACUACCCAUCCUUAUCUAUCAAUGAACCAUUAAGUACAACCCUGCCUUUACUAUCCAUCCUUAUCUAUCAGCGAACCAUUAAACACAACCCUGCCUUUACUACCCAUCCUUAUCUAUCAGCGAACCAUUAAGCACAACCCUACCUUUACUACCCAUCCUUAUCUAUCAGUAAACCAAUAAGCACAACCCUACCUUCACUACCUAUCCUUAUAUAUCAGUGAACCAUUAAGCACAACCCUACCUUUACUACCCAUUCUUAUGUAUCAGCAAACCAUUAAGUACAUCCCUACCUUUACUACCCAUCCUUAUCUAUCAGUAAACCAUUAAGCACAACCCUACCUUUACUACCCAAUCUUAUGUAUCAGCAAACCAUUAAGUACAUCCCUACCUUUACUACCCAUCCUUAUCUAUCAGUGAACCAUUAAGCACAACCCCACCUUUUACUACCCAUCCUUAUAUAUCAGCGAACCAUUAAGCACACCCCUACCUUUACUACCCAUCCUUAUGUAUCAGCAAACCAUUACGUACAUCCCUACCUUUACUACCCAUCCUUAUCUAUCAGUAAACCAUUAAGCACAACCCUAUCUUUACUACCCAACCUAAUCUAUCAGUAAACCAUUAAGUACAACCCUGACUUUACUACCCAUCCUUAUCUCUCAGUAAACCAUUAAGUACAACCCUGCCUUUUCUACCCGUCCUUAUCUCUCAGUAAACCAUUAAAGGGACACUAAAGUCAAAAUUAAACUUUCAUGACUCAGGGCAUGCCAUUUUACAAUUUACUACCAUUAUCAAAUGCCCAGUCUUUUUAUAUGCACACUUUGUGAGGCACCAGCUUCUACUGGGAAUGUGCACAGGUUUACAGUGUAGAUGUACACUAGUCUGUGAUUGCUUGAUGGCUGUCACAUGAUAUAGGGGGGGGGGGGACAUUUGUCAGAAAAAAAAGCUACUGCUGAUUUGAAAUUUAAAUGUUAUUGCAUUUUUUUUUAUUAUGCACAUAAUUAUGCAAUUCUACUAUAUGUAAAGCUCAUUUUACCUUUAUCUUUAUCUAACAGCAAAAAGGUAACAAAACAGUGAAACAGUAUUUAAUACAGUGAAACUAUAUACAUAAAACAGAUAAGCAAGUACAGUUUUAAUAUUGUAAUUCUAAGAUUUAUUUUUAAUAUUGUGAUUUAAUCAAUACUGCUAUGUAUAAUGUAAUCAACAGACCAAUUGUCUCAUGUUUUUAAAUAAAAUAAGUUGGUAAUUU